AUGGUAUCCAAUGUCAAUGACAAUUAUCUUAAGACUCGAGGUGGAUUUGCUGGCUGUGGAAGGGCUUCGCUCAAGCGAGUGUUUACUGUAGCUAGUCCGAUUUUGCAGCGCACCUAUCCGAUUGUACCAGGCGCUGGCAGCACCCAGCUGCGCAUCUUCAACGGGAUACCCGGCUGCGAUUACCGGGUGAGCAGCAACCUGGCAGCCGGGAGCAACAUCACCCUAAUUGGGAUCGACUUUUACGCCAGCGGCAACGUGGCCACCGGCAAUGGCAGCUUUACGCUCAGCUACGGCAUUGAAAAUCUGACGGCAGGCUGUCCCAGGCUGGACGGUGGCACCCAGCUCCUGUACGAGGCGACGGCGCACACGCUCUUCCUGCGCUCCGCGCAGACCGUGACCAAGCUCUGGUACGUGGACGAGCUGCAGAAGUCGAACAAGUCCCUGGCGCUGGCUCGCACGCUGGCCAACUUGCCGGCCAGCACCCGGAUCCAGUGGAGGGAGGUGAAAACUGGCAAUACGGCGCUGGAUAUGCAGGCACGCGGCCACGAUCUGCACGAGCUGAGCACCAUUGAGUACGAGGUGCUAACGGGCGAGGUGCUGCUCCAUCGGCAGCUGCUGCGCCCCGGCGGCGUCUACGCCCUGGUCAUUGGCCAGGCCAGCGAGGGCUACGUAUCGCGCAUGUUCGAGGUGACGGCGUCCAACUCGAUGAGCAUGUUGUGGCUAAUACCGCAGUAUGUGGUCAUGACAUUGGGCGAGGUCAUGUUCUCCGUAACGGGGCUGGAGUUCUCCUACUCGCAGGCGCCGCCCAGCAUGAAAUCCCUGCUGCAGGCCUUCUGGCUGCUCACCGUGGCCUUUGGCAAUGUCAUCGUUGUGGUAAUUGCCGAGCUCAAGUUCUUUGAGUCGCAGGCGAGUGAGUUCUUCCUGUUCGCGGGCCUCAUGUUUGUCGACAUGCUCAUCUUUAUGUGGUUCGCCUUCUACUACAUCAGCUACGAUGAGGCAGCGGCUCUGGAGCAGAGCCAACGCAGAUCCAAACAGCGAAAAAAUCUAAAAUGUCAUUAGAUGCAACAUAUUAUAUUUUUUUUAAAUUUAUUUAUCUACAAUUAUUUAUUCAAUAUUGAAAUCUAAACAGCAGUUUGUGCAGUUUACAAUUCAAAUUUACCGCCACUUAGGUGUGACCAGAGCAGAGGAGAGCUAAGGAGAAAAAAUACUUUAGACACACACACACUUUGCCAUUAAAAUGUCAUAUGA